AUGUGGUUUCUCGUGGUGUCCAUUAGAGUAUGGAUUAGACGUCGGGAAGAGGCGAUACCGACUCGUAAAGAAGAGGUACAAGAAUUGGGUUAUAGAGACUACGUUCCCGAUCGGAAAGAAGGCGACAAAAUUGAGACCUUAGAUGAAGUGAUCAACAGAAUUAAUGCCAUUAUUAGAGACGGAAAGUUUGAAGGAAGGAUUGUCUCCAUUGAAUGUCUUCCCUGCGAAUCCACUGGUGAUCACCGCUUUGAUCCCGAGGCAACCCUUCCGGGCUCGUCGGACACGACGGUCACAAUCGUGAGGAUAUACUACGAGUGCGGGCAGUCAUCUGAAGAGGAGAUAGGGAUCGCGGACUUCGUUCCCCUUCACCUGUCGGGCGGUUCGCUGUUCUCUCGGCCCGAGUUUGAGACCUUCGACCACGUGAUGACUCGCGCCUCCCGUUGGCUAUCAGAGAAUCCGGAGAUUAAUUUCCGGAGCGCUCUCUCAAUCGAUUUCAAACUCAAAUCCAUGACCACUUUGGACACCCGGAUCCUGACGGCGACGGACCAGGCGGGCGACUUCGUCCGCAUAUUCCGUAUCGCUUACACCAAACCGUUUGACGUCUCCGAAGACAUCGAGCGGUCGGCAUGUCUUCCACCGCUUCCUCCCAUUUAUCUCUAUUCGCGAAUGUUUUUACUCAAGUCUAGAAACUAUGCGGACCUCAAAAAAGUGAUCAGCGAUUGGUAUAACACAGAGAUCGCGGGCCGAGUAGACGGCGGCAACAAUUGCGUCGACACUGUGUCCGGCAAUUCUGGCUCCGGUUCCGGUUCGGGCGAGUUUACCGAUAUUGUGGCCGAACCGUCCACUUCCAAAUCUAAGUGUCAACUGUUAUCGUGCGAAACGUUGUCAGUAUUUGCCAAAAAUCAGACGGGAUUUGAGGAGAGUUUCAAUUCAAACCGAGUCGGCGCCCGAAACCGGUGCACAUUCAUCGCCGUCCGACUCUAUUACGAUUCCGGGUAUCACUUGAAUAGAGUCCGACAGUCGGGAGUGAACAACAAUAACAACAUUCCGCACACUUCUUGCGCACCAAAACUUGAGAAAAAGUCGUCGUCUUCUUGUGAUAUCAGCUGAACAUUUGAUUGAGACGUUUCUUCGGCUCUCUUUCUCUCUCUUUAUAUAUCUUUUCACUUUCGAUACCAAAACCAAAC